AUAAGCAAUAUUGAUAAUCUAUUUAUUUCGAUAAAUUGUCUUCCUUUUCCUACUUCUUCAAUACGUAACUACGGAUGAUUGCAAGUUUCCAAUGACGCUAAAUCUUUGAGGGAAAUUCUGAAAAGUCUGUGAGGAUGGCUGACUGGAGUAUACUGAAGCCUUCUGGGAAUGAUUUUCUAUCGUCAUUGACAACAUACAGUAACCAUGACCCGACCUUGACCCAGUUUCACAAUCACAUGAUGAGUAGUUUUAUAGACAGGAAUUUCUCCUCCCAGUCUAUUUUUGAUAAGAAUACGUUCUGUACACCAGACAAUGUGGAUGAUUGUUUGACACAUUUAAACCAGGAACUAACAGGGCUUGGGUUACAACCAGUUAGUAGAGAUGGAGUGGGGUGUACCACAUCGCUCAUCAACAGACUGGAAGAAAUUCUAAGAAUGUACCAGAGAAGUAAUAGAAUCAAAGAAGAGCUGGAAAAUAGGGUACAUCGUAUAAGUUGUGAUGCGUCAGAGAACCAGUCAGUCAUCCGUCGGUUGAAGAACGACAAGGAACGUCUGGAGCGAUCAGUCGCUCAAGAGAAGGAACUGCACAGACAGACACAUAACAAAAUAAAAAAUGUCACGACAAAGUUAAAAACAGAAAAAGAUGAGUUGAAACGUGUCCAGUCAGUUAUCAAAGAUCGUGAUGCUCAAUAUAAACAUGAGUUGAAGAAAAAACAAAGGGAGGUAAACAGACUCAUGGAAAAACUACAUCAACUUCUCAUGGAUAAAAAUCCUGAUAGAAGAAUAGGUAUGGAUAUGGAAGGAUAUUUACGAAGGGGAGAUAAUAAAAGAAGUACAUGGAAAAACACUGCCAGUAGCAAUAAACAAGAAGAAAUGUAUCAGUUACUAGUAUCAAACUACGAGGAGAAACAACAAGAACUGCGAGUAGAGAAUAGUGACCUCCGAGAUUGUUUAAUAGAUAUGCAAAGAGAACUGUCCUCAGUGUUGAAUACCUCCAAUACCAAUAUGACCAGUAUUCAGUCACAGAAUGGCGAUUUAUCAGGAAGCAGUAGUGAGGAGGAUCUUUCAACAUCUUCCUCUGUUUCACAUGAUCUCAAUGAUGAUUUCUUCCAGAUGCCUUAUGAUCUUCUACGAGAAAAUCUUCAGAAAAGUUUUCAGGGAACAUGUAAACGUUUACGUCAUAGUAUAAGAAAGUGUUCAUUAGAUACUCAGUCAUCACCAAAGUCUCAUGUGCAGCAAUCUAGUCAGGGUAAAUCAUCGUCUCGUCAUAUUGACGAUAACCGUGAAAGUGAACGAUGUCAGGAAGAGAUGGAUAAACUCAAGAAACAGAUUGAUAAAUACAAAGAUAUUGUGAAACAACAGGAACAACUUAUACAGCAAUCUCUGAGUACACAGUCAAGGUCAAUGGAGAACACGUUCCUCCAAGAAUCUCAAAUCCUUCAAGAGAAAGAGAGCUUAUCUGAACAACGUAGAAAAUUCUACCAGGAGAAGGCGAACUUUGAAGAAGAACGGAGAAAAAAUGCUGAAAUUUCUAUGCAGAUACAACAUGAGAGGAAACAGCUGGAAGAGGAAAAAGCAAGCCUUUUAAGGACUCAGAUUAUACACAUGUCACCAUAUAAUACAUCUAAGCCUCCUACACCAUCCAGAUCAAAAGAGAAAACACGUCUUCUACCAUCGACUCCAGUGUUUUCCCCAGCUCCGGGGAAGUCAAAUAGUGCCUCAACCUCUUCAGCUGAACUUCUUAAAAUGCUCAGUCUCUCAAAGAAGAAAAGUACUCAGUAAGUCUUUGAAUUUUUUCUAUUCUAGCA